UCUCUUCCUGCCUCGUUUCUCUCGUAUCCAGCUGAAGUCGCAGAGAAAUCGUUCAUGGCGACGGAAUCAAUCUCUCUCAAGCAUGUAUUUUUCGCAAAAGUUACGAAAAACCCAUCGCCAUCAUGCCGAUUUCACCGGAGAAGAACAACAAGACCCUGUCGAACCCUUCGUUUCCGGUUUGGUGUAACCUGCUCGAAAACAUCUGAAUUUCAAGAUUUCCGGAGAUACGCAAUGCCUUUGCGCCUCUUACCGGCCGAAGAAGCGAGAGUUUGUGGAGGAAAUCCGUCUCUCAACGAGAGCGGAUCUCGAUCUUUGUAUAAGGUUAAGCUGCAGACAAGUAAUACAUUUGGUUCGGGUUUGAGUGAUGUGAACGCGAGGGUUCUUCUAUGCCUGAUAGACGAGGAGGGUGAUUCAGUAUUACAGACCAUACCCGCAAAUCUUUCAAGAAACGAAUCCUUGGAAUUGGAUGAUGCGAGGAACGGUGAGAGCCUUGCAUUUCAGAGAGGCUCUGUUGAUGAAAUCGCAUUUCAGGGACCGGAACUUGGCAAAAUCAGGGCUCUUUGGAUCAGUAUCGAAUCAGGCCAAUGGAGGCUAGGAGGAGUGAGCUUGUGGGUGGUUCAUCCUCAGAGAGCUUUCAAUGGAGAAGCCAUUGCAGAAACGUUCAGUUAUCGGCAUGAUUUUGAAGUGGAUGAGAUUUUGCUUGGAGAGAGCAGUGACCUAUCAAUGGUGGAACUCAGACCCUCCAGUGUAACUGAGCUCACUGGCUCCGACCCUCUUCAAGAUCAAAUCCCUUCAUCAUCAUCAAAUCUCGAUCCCGACCUUAGCGAGCAAAGCAUGAAGGAAUACGCAGACCUGAAGUUCUCUCUUCUGCUCUACGACGCCUCUCUUGUCCUUAUGGGAACCACAGCUUCAUCUUUCUCGCUGGGGGAAAGCUCCGGCAUUGCGUUCUUUACGGGUGGAAUCACGGGUUUUCUUUACUUGCUGUUGCUGCAGAGAUCCGUCGAUGAGCUGCCAGUUCCGGAAUCUUCAUUACCCGAAAACUCCGACUGGAAUCCCCUCGGAAGGUUCAAGAUUCCGGCUCUGAGCCUUGCGCUGGCUGUAGGGUUUGCUGUUUUAGCAGUGAAGGGAGGCGACCAUGGAGGAGGAGAAUCUGUUGACUUUGCAUUGACUCCGAUGGAGAUUCUGGUGGGGACUUUGGGGUUUCUUGCGUGUAAAGUAGCUGUGGUUCUGGCUGCUUUUAAGCCCUUACCCUUUGGUCUUAAAGCCAAGAAGUGAGUUUCUCUUAGGUUCUGAAAUGGGACAAGUACAGGACUCUGUAUAUAUAUACAGAUACAUACAUACAUAGAAAUGUGCAGUAUAUGUGUGAAUGAAAUUACACACAUGUAUACAGAGAAUAUAUAUAUAUAUAUAUAUAUAAUUAACUUAUUCUAGAGUUUGGGUUUAGUAGGAUGUCAUUGUCAGGGACUUAAUUAGGUAGCCAGACUAAUAAUUACCAUUAUAAUUAGGGGUGAAAUUCAUAAUU